GAUUCAUGAAUAUUCAAAUAAAGAAGAUAUUUAAAGACGCCGGCGCCAGGCGUAGAUCCCUGCCCCGCGCCGCCCGGCCCCCUUCACUGAGUUCAUCGUCUUAGCGGAAACGCCGCCAGCAUGUCCGAGAAACUACCCUACAAAGUCGCGGACAUCGGACUGGCUGCCUGGGGACGAAAGGCCCUGGACAUAGCCGAGAAUGAGAUGCCAGGUUUGAUGCGCAUGCGUGAGUUGUACUCGGCCUCCAAGCCGCUGAAGGGUGCUCGCAUUGCUGGCUGCCUGCAUAUGACUGUGGAGACUGCCGUCCUCAUCGAGACGCUCGUGGCCCUGGGCGCUGAGGUGCGGUGGUCUAGCUGCAACAUCUUCUCCACUCAGGACCAUGCCGCAGCCGCUGUGGCCAAGGCCGGCGUUCCAGUGUUUGCCUGGAAGGGCGAGACAGAUGAAGAGUACCUGUGGUGCAUUGAGCAGACGUUGCACUUCAAGGAUGGACCCCUCAACAUGAUUCUGGACGAUGGUGGUGACCUUACUAACCUCAUCCACACCAAAUACCCACAGCUUCUGUCAGGUAUCCGAGGUAUCUCUGAGGAGACCACGACUGGGGUCCAUAACCUCUACAAGAUGAUGGCCAAGGGAAUACUGAAGGUGCCUGCUAUCAAUGUCAACGACUCUGUCACCAAGAGCAAGUUCGACAACCUCUAUGGCUGCCGGGAGUCCCUCAUAGAUGGCAUCAAACGGGCCACAGAUGUGAUGAUUGCGGGCAAGGUGGCCGUGGUAGCAGGCUAUGGUGAUGUGGGCAAGGGGUGUGCCCAGGCCCUGAGGGGUUUUGGGGCUCGAGUCAUCAUCACUGAGAUUGACCCCAUCAAUGCACUGCAAGCUGCCAUGGAGGGCUAUGAGGUGACCACCAUGGAUGAGGCUUGUAAGGAGGGCAACAUCUUUGUCACCACCACAGGCUGUGUUGAUAUCAUCCUUGGCCGGCACUUUGAACAGAUGAAGGAUGAUGCCAUUGUGUGUAACAUUGGCCACUUCGAUGUGGAGAUUGAUGUGAAGUGGCUGAAUGAGAACGCUGUGGAGAAGGUGAACAUCAAGCCGCAGGUGGACCGCUACUGGCUAAAGAACGGACGCCGCAUCAUCCUGCUGGCUGAAGGCCGGCUGGUCAACUUGGGUUGCGCCAUGGGCCACCCCAGCUUCGUGAUGAGCAACUCCUUCACGAACCAGGUGAUGGCACAGAUUGAGCUGUGGACCCACCCAGACAAAUACCCCGUUGGGGUUCACUUCCUGCCUAAGAAGCUGGAUGAGGCGGUGGCUGAAGCCCACCUGGGCAAGCUGAAUGUGAAACUGACCAAGCUGACUGAGAAGCAGGCCCAGUACCUUGGCAUGCCCGCUGACGGCCCCUUCAAGCCUGACCACUACCGCUACUGAGAGCCGGGACUGCCCUUCACCUUCCAGCGCCAUCCUUGUUCCAGGCCCUACCUCUCUCCCAAGAGCAAAUGUCACCACUGUUUUGCCAGUGUUUGUCCCCCGCUGGGGCUGGUCACCCUGUCUUUGGCCUCUCUUGUAUCCCUCAUACAGUUCCAGGUGUGGCAGGGGGGACUGUGAGUCCCCAGUCAAGAUAGAGGUACCUUGGAGCCAUCCACAGGGAACAUGAGCUCAGAAGCCUUCAAGUCCUGAGGCUGGAUGCUGCUGCGGUAGUCACAAGGCCACGCACCUUACCGUCCAGGCCUCCCUUGGUCUAGGUCUGCGUGCUUGCUUUACAGAUCACUGGUUUCUCAGCCCAGGACCUGAGGAGCUCCAGCAAAGGGCAGGGGCCUCUGAGUUUGAAGGUUCCUGAGAGCUUGGCUUACUUACUAUAGGGCCGUCUUCUAAGCCUCACAAUACUGAGGCUGGUACUUUUGGUCCCUAUCUCACAGGGUUAAAAUAGAUUAAAGAGACAACCACAAAAGGACAAGUGACAGCUAGAGACUGAAAGGGGCCUGGAAGAACAGACAGGCAAAGCUCUGUCACUGUUGGUCACUGAUGGUUCCUAUCACAAGCCUGGGUCACAAAGAGAUUAAUUUAGUUUGUAAUGUUUAUAUAUUAUUCAGAAUGUUAACAGAGGAAGGUGGAUUAAAUGCAAUUUCUAGCACCUAAAGAAUUCUGACCUUUAUUAUGUAAGC